AUGCUCGCGACUUCAUGGACGUUGCGGGCUGCAAUCCACACGAAUCGCAGGCUCGUUUUGCAGAUUCAGCGACCCCCCAAGCUUGCAUUCACCCAAGCUCGAACUCGAGGAUUCGCGUCCGAGGGUCCCUCAAAUUCAACAUCGUACCCGAGUCGAAUCCUUAGAAGGGCCAAGACGACGGCGAAGUACGGGGGAUAUCUGUGUUUGUCGACUGUGUUUGGCGUCCUGUUCCUCGGUGCCGGCAUCUUCGUUCACGACGCGUUCACCUACACCGACAAGCAUGUUGAAAGGGUCCCUGUUUCACCACUUGCACUUCACCCGGAGCGUGGAGGCCCCAAGAACCUCCCGGUCGCCAAGGUCCUGGUCGCGGACGAGGAAGAUGAGGAGAACGUGAAGCUUGCUCAUAAACCAAAAUUGGUUAUAGUAGGUGGUGGAUGGGGCGCAAUGGGAGUUCUUGAAACGUUGCAUCCAGGAGACUAUCAUGUCACGAUAGUGUCCCCUGAAACCUUUACGACGUUCACGCCACUUUUACCUUCUGCUGCUGUUGGGACUGUUCAAUUUCGGUCACUCAUUGAACCUAUUCGGAAGAUCAUCGCCCGUCUCCGCGGUCAUUUCGUUCAGGCAAAGGCUAUUGACAUCGUGUUUGCCGACCGUUUAUUAGAGGUAGAGACCGCGGACACACAGGGACACACCAACAGGAUUUAUAUACCAUACGAUAAACUGGUUAUCGCCGUCGGUUCAGUAUCUAGCACUCAUGGCGUCCCCGGAUUGGACCACUGCUUCCAGCUCAAGACAAUCUCGGAUGCCCAGAAAAUCAGGCGCAGAAUAAUGGAUAACUUCGAAACGGCAUCAUUGCCUACUACCACGCCUGAAGAACGCAAACGAUUAUUGAGUUUCGUUGUUUGUGGCGGCGGGCCCACUGGUAUUGAGACAGCAGCCGAAAUUUAUGAUUUCUGUCAAGAAGACAUCACGAAUUAUUACCCCAAAAUUCUACGGAAGGAAGUUUCUAUACAUGUCAUCCAAUCUCGCGAGCACAUUCUCAACACCUAUUCUGAAGCGAUCUCAAAGUUUGCUGAGGACAAGUUCAAAAGAGAUGGUGUAAACCUCAUCACUUCCGCCAGAGUCAGUGCAAUAACGCCCGAGCACGUUAUCUACACCAGUCGCGAUGCGGAAGGGAAGACGGAACAACAUACAAUUCCUUCUAACUUCAUCCUAUGGUCUACUGGUAUUGCCAUGAAUCCAUUCGCCAGCCGCGUGACCGACCUCUUGCCCAAUCAAGUCCACCGAAAGGCAAUUGAAACGGACGCCUAUCUAAGGGUGAAGGGUGCGCCGUUGGGAACGGUCUACGCCAUAGGGGACUGCGCCACAAUCGAAACCUCCAUUGUAAGCCACAUUAUGGAAUUGGUAGACGAAGCCGAUCAGGACAAGAACGGCAAGAUAGACUUCGGUGAAUGGGAGAUUAUGGUCGGUAAAAUCAAGAAGCGAAUACCCCUGGCAGAAGACCAUAUAUCAAAAGUCAAAGAACUGUUUGAGAUGUAUGAUUCAGACGCCGACAAUAACUUGUCCCUCAACGAACUUUGUCAACUAUUGCAGGACAUAGGCAACAAGAUUACUGCUCUGCCCGCGACGGCCCAAGUUGCUGCUCAACAAGGGAAGUACGUCGGCAAGAAAUUACACAAGCUCGCACGGCGAAGCAGUGACUUGCCACCCGAUCAACUUUCCGAUGCAAGCGAUGAGGACAUCUACGGACCAUUCAAAUAUCUGCAUCUAGGCAGCUUGGCAUACAUUGGCAACGCAGCCGUCUUUGAUCUUGGCAACUACUCCUUCAUGGGCGGCCUGGCUGCUAUGUAUGCCUGGAGAAGUGUGUACUGGAAUGAGCAGGUGUCGGCCAGAACAAGGGCGUUGCUCAUGAUCGAUUGGAUUAUUCGAGGCGUGUGGGGGCGAGAUUUGUCCAAGCUUUGA